AUAUGCCAUUUCAUUAAAAAAGAAACAGUCGGCCACGCUUGCCACUAAAUCAUUCCGGGGGAGUAUUCACGUAUUUCCCCCUUUUAAUUAUAUUUUAUUCCAAUAUUACUGUUUUUUUACGUUUUACAACAACAUUAAAGUUAUAACCAAAAUUACACAAUGGCUGAUCUAGACGAUUUCUUCGCAAAAAAAGAUCGUAAAAAGUCUAAGUCGGUCAAAAAGUUUGCUACUGCGGAUGAAAUGGCGAAAAAAUUGGAGGACACAAAACAGAAAACGGACGUAAGACCGAAGAAAGACAGGCCGGCGACAGAAGGCGAAGAGGCUGGAUCAAUUAGGGAAGAAGAGGAGUGGAAAGAAUAUGAAGAACCUGUGAAGGAUUAUACAGGCCUCAAGCUACAGGUGCUACAGAGAGGUACUAGAGCUCCAGAAAGUGGGCGGGAUACAGCAGCUGAAGACUCUACCCCUGAAAACUCUAAAAACAAGGGCCCAUGGAACAAGCCGGUGGAAGCUGAACAAGUAGUGGUUAAACCUCCACCACCACCCGUGGAAGAGAAAAUUCGUGCGACGUCAACUUAUGUCCCGCCACAGUCGAGACAACGCCCCUGUGAUGGAUCAGUACGGCGUCCCCAGAAUAAAGCGUCUCUGGACAUCCACAACGAGGACUACUUCCCUGUGCUGGGUGCGGCUGCGGGGGCAAAACGCGGUGGUGGUUGGAGCACGGCGGGUGGGGCUCCGCCCCGCGCACAGCACGCGCUCAACCCGCUGGCUCUCGGCAACCGAUUCACGUCUUUGCCCGACGACAGUUAGCUAGGUAGCUGGACGUUCGGCGAACAUAAAUAAUAAAGUGAAGUGUCAUUAUGGACUUUAAGCAAGCCAGGCAUAGUUCCCAUAUAACUAAACAAUAUUGCAAUUUACCGCGCACUUCCUCGCAUCUACUCUUAAAUAUAUUAUCUGUGACGGUUGCUAUAAUCAAUCAAUGCCUAGAUGGUGUUCUUAUAAAGUGAAAUAUUCAUACUAUCAAUUAAAUGUGAUUCCAGCUAAGUGUAUCUUUGAAAAACGUCAGCUGUCAAUCAGCACUCAGAGUCCGAAUAAUUAAAGCUUUGACAGAAACAAAGUCGAUCAAAUAUAUUCGAUCAAUUAGAAUAUGUAAACAGAAGAUUUAACGUUUUUAAGCUCAAUCGUCUCUAGGUUUUAUGUAAGCGCCGGUCGAAUUGUAUUGAACGAUAAAUUUUGCUAGGCCCGGUCCAAAGGCCGUAUCCUCGUUCCAUUCAUAGACAAUAAAGUAUUCCAUAAUCAGUGUUGCUAGCUAAUAAUAAUAAAGGGCGACUGUCUAAAAAAAUCGUAAAAGCCGAAAAACGGAAGUGUGCCUUUAUGUUUGUUACUUUUUUAUGUUUAUAUUAAAAGUAAUUAAUACAGUGGCUGUUUCUGAAUGUAUUAGGGAAUCAAAAAUUUUGCGGACUUUUAGUGUUACAAGCGUGGAUCGACUUCGCUAAAAUUAAUAAAUAGUAAUGCGCUAAAAUUAAAUGAAAACCCGGUUUACGAAGUUGGUUACCUCUGUAUGUUGACGAUAAAAAUGUUUAUUAACUCUCGGCAAAUCAUUCAAACAUGUACCAUAGAAAUAAAUUAUGUAUUUAAA